AUGCUCGCGCUCGCCCCGAUCAACGUCCAGCGACGAUCUCCGCUCGGUGUCUCCGCUCGAGGCCGCAAGACGCAGAGCAAGGCGCGAUUCGCCGUCAAGGUGAACGCGGCGAACGCGGACUUGAAGUUUGACGAUGACUGGAAAAAGUCCAACGUCGCCGUGCACCUCGCGUCGCUCUUCGGUUGGGUGAUUCCGAGCGCGUCUCCGUGCCCGGCGUUCCCGGACAACGCGUCUCUGUUCAAGGUUUUCAGCGACCGCAUCUCUGAAAACUUGGCGCACUUCCCCACCGGCCCGAGCGCCGACGAUCCGAUCUGGUUAUACAUGCUCACGUGGCACAUGGGGUUGUUCGCGUGCAUGAUGUUCGGGCAAAUCGGUGUGCAAGCGCGCAAGCAAGGCUACUUCGGCAACUAA